UUCAAUUUCAUUUAGCCCUAAUUCAUCCGUCUCCCCUUUUCAUUCAUCCCUCAGCCUUCUCUGCCUCUCUGCUCUAUCUCGAUCUCUGCUCUAUCUGGAUCUUUAUCUCAGCUGAAACACUUCUUCAGCUCAUCGUAGGCUCUCUCUCUCUCUCUCUCUCUCUCUCUCUCUCAACCCUCUCUCUUUUUACCACCACCACCAUCAUCCUCCCCUUCUUUCCACCUGCAAUUCAGAGUACGUGAAAUUCAGAUUCUCUCUCUUCCGCUCACGGAUCCUACUCAUCUUCUCUCUCUUGGUGACAAUUAUGAAGGGGGGGAAAGAAAAAUAAGAAGAGAAGGAAAACAAGGAAGAAAAGUGUGACCACUAUAAUUCAGCCUUUGUCUCGGUUUCCUUCGCAUUAGCAAUCAAGAAGGGGAUAACUCGCAUUUGAUUAGCUAAUAUUCUUUGAAGGUACCUUAUGAUGUUGAAAAAUUACGUGCAAAAUAGAAGUCAUCCCGAGGGUUCAAUAGCAGAAGGUUAUUUAGCGGAAGAAUGCUUAACUUUUUGUUCACGUUAUCCGACAAAUAUUGAGACGAGAUUCAAUAGCCCCCAAAGGAAUUCCGAUAAUGUGCUUGAUGGAGAGGAAAUGAAUGAUUUUGGUGCACAAGGCCGUGCCUUGGGAAAAUAAGAGUCAUUAAUCUAGAUGAGAUGACUUUAGUGCAAGCUCAUCGGUAUGUUUUGUUCAAUUAUCAUGGAGCAGAACCAUUCAUUGAAAAACAUAAGAGAUUUCUUAAAAUGAGGCAUCGCUAUUUAAAACCAAGACAAUUAGAGAAUAUUUCUCAUGAUUUAUUUCACAAAUGGUUUAAUGAACGUUUGCGAGAUAGUGAGGAUCCAAUUCCUAAUGAGCUAUGGUGGCUAGCACAAGGUCCAAACCCUGUCGCGAAACGGUUCAAGAAGUUUGUGAUCAAUGGUUUGAAGUUUCAUGUUAGAGAUGUUGAGAGACGGAGAAAGACUCAGAAUAGUGGAGUUGUCAUAAAGGCAGUGACAUUUAGUUAUGCAAGAGCCACCGAUCAAAAUCCCGUCACAGGAGAUAUUCAGUACUAUGGUGUGCUGACUGAUAUCAUUGAGUUAAAUUACAAUGUAAAUAGGAAGGUGGUAUUGUUUAAGUGUGAUUGGUUUGAUGUCUCAUCCAAGGGUAGAGGAAUAAAUGAGGAUGAUUUUCGAUUUAAGCUUGUUAAUUCGUCACGAUCAUUGGGAACAGAUGAGCCUUUCAUUCUAGCAUCUCAAGCUGAACAAGUAUUCUAUGUUGAUGAUCCCAUUGACAAUGAGUGGAAAGUGGUUAUUGGCGCAAAACCGCGAGACCUUUAUGAUAUGCCAGAGCAUGAUAUUGAAUCUUAUCAAGUUCAGGAGCCAUUUCAUGCACAACAUGUGGAUAACGACUUGGAUGUACCUGAUGAUAGCACGUUUUGGACAAGAGCUGAUUUGCUUGGAACAACUAUAAAAGAAGAAGAUGAUGUUGAUGAUGACCUUGAUGAAGAUAAGAUAUAGGAUGAUUCCAUAUCUACUACUCAAUGGAUGUGAAACGUCUUUUUUGGAAGUCAAAUGUCUUUUUUGGAUAUUAUAAGCUCUGAUUCACUAUAUAUAUAUAUGCAACUUUGACAAUAAUAUUGCAGUAUCAUAUUUUGUAGCAUGCACAUGUAUGCUUCCCGUGAAAACUGAUUUAGUUUUUUUGUGUGCUUAUAUAUUUUUAAUAUGUUUUGAUCUA